AACGCGAAUCGGGCAACAAUCGAAUGCUGUUUUACGCUGUCGCACGGUUAAUUUUAACUUCCGCUUAAAUUUAAUUGGUUAGUGUUGUGUGUUCUACUUAUUACAAUAAGUAAAUAUAUAAAUACUUAUUUAAAAUAUUUAAUAAAGCAUGCAAAAUUUAAAUAAAAAUCAAUUGAUUUUUGCGUGCCACUUGUUUAUUUCAAAUAAUUAAAAAUAAAAGUAAAAUAUUGUAUGUGGGGAAACGUACGUACAAAUAGACCCAAUAACAAUAAAAACCUUCAGCUAAAACUGUGACCGUGAAUACUCAAGACCCCAAAAACGCAGAGCGCAUACAUAGUUAUGAUUUCCAGAAUCUCUUGAUCGGAUCACAAUGCCAGGCACCUCGUUUCCAUCGAAUAAUGACAACUUCUCCAACGGUUUUCCCAUGGCAACCACACAAAGUGAACGCCUGCUUCAGGCGCAGAAUCGACGCAAGUUCAGUUUUCCCGCCACACUCCAUUCAGCGGCGUUACUUGAGGUGGGUCAGAGGGAGACGACUCGGAGGCGACUCAGCAACGUCAGCGAUGUGGUCACCCGAAAGUUGUCCUAUACAAUCGGCUGGAAAGCGGCUCAAAUACCUGCUCAGGACAUUAUUACCCAGGGACGUUGUCUUUGUGGACACUACAUCAAAAGACGUCUACGCCGUUCCGGACUUUUUAAUAAAAAGUUAGGACUACAGCGAAUUCGCAGUAUUUUGGGUAAUAGCAACACAUCACUAGGUAUAGUUCGGGAUGUGUUUCCAGCGGUGCAAGUGUUGGGAGACGAACUGGAACGCAUGCAUCCACGAGUCUAUAAUGGAGUCGCUCGACAGAUAUGUCGGAAUCCUGGCGGGGAGUUUCAUACACCGGAUGCUGUCAGUUUACUUCUCGGAGCUGUGGGUCGUGAACUAUUUCGUGUCGAGAUCACUUGGAGCAAGGUUAUAUCGUUGUUUGCUAUAGCCGGCGGUCUCUCCGUGGACUGUGUGCGACAAGGACACCCGGAAUAUUUGCCAAAGCUUAUGGAGAGCGUCUCCGAAGUUAUUGAGGAUGAGCUGGUUCCCUGGAUAAACGAGAAUGGUGGUUGGAACGGCAUCAACACGCACGUAUUACCCACCACUAGUAGCUUAAGUCCUCUGGAAUGGACGACACUAAUCAUCGGUGUUGUAUUUGGCUUAAUUUUACUUUUCAUGUUAUUACGCUUUAUCAUUAACACAUUGAUUCCGAAAAUAUACCAACGAUUUACAAACUGAUAA